AUGACAAGCGUGAGACUGACCGAGCUGUGUCGGGUUCUGCAGCUCAAAGGUCUGCAACAGGAGAACAAGCACCUGAGCCAGACGGUGUCGUCACUGCGUCAGCGCUGCCAGGUCGGCGCCGAGGCUCGGGUUAAGGACGUGGAGAAGGAGAACCGCAUCCUCCACGAGUCCAUCUGCGAGACGACGGGCAAACUCAACAAAAUGGAGUUUGAACGGAAACAACUACGGAAAGAACUUGAAGCCAUGAAGGAGAAAGGCGAGCGAGCGGAGGAGUUGGAGAUUCUGAUGCAAAAGCUGGAAAGGGAUAACGAGAGUUUGCAGAAGAAAAUCGCCAGCCUGGGAAUCACCUGUGACAUGGUGUCUUCAUUAGAGAAGGAGAACACCGAGCUGGAGGCAGAGGGCCGCCGCCUCAAGAAAAAGCUGGACACUCUCAAGAACAUGGCCUUCCAGCUGGAGGCGCUGGAGAAGGAGAACUCCCAACUGGAGCAGGAGAACCUGGAGCUGCGACGCUCGGCCGAGAGCUUCCGCUCGGCAGGCAUCAAGGCCGUGCAGCUGGAGGCCGAGAACAGGGAACUGGAGAGCGAAAGGAGCCAGCUGAAGCGCAGCCUGGAGCUGCUCAAAGCAACAUCUAAGAAGACGGAGCGAUUAGAAGUGAGCUACCAGGGCUUGGAUACGGAGAACCAGCGCUUGCAGAAGGCGUUGGAGAACAGCAGCAAGAAGAUCCAGCAGUUGGAGACGGAGCUGCAGGAGGUGGAGUCUGAGAACCAAACCCUUCAACGUAGCCUGGAGGAGCUCAAGAUCUCCAGCAAGCGCCUGGAACAAUUAGAGCAGGAGAACAAGACGCUGGAGCAGGAGAGCUCCCAGCUGGAGAAGGACAAGAAGCUCCUGGAGAAGGAGAACAAGCGGCUGAGACAGCAGGCCGAGAUCCGCGACUCCAAGCUGGACGACAGCAACCAGCGCAUCUCCAGCUUAGAGAAGGAGAACCGCACCAUGGGCAAGGAGAUGAUCUUCUUCAGGGACUCGUGUACGCGGGUCAAAGACCUGGAGCGGGAGAACAAGGAGCUGCUGAAACAAGCCACCAUCGAUAAGAAGACCUUCAUCACGCUCAGAGAGGAGUUAGUGAGCGAGAAGCUACGCACUCAGCAGACCAACAACGACCUGGAAAAACUCACCCACGAGUUAGAGAAGAUUGGUCUGAACAAGGAGAGGCUGCUGCAUGACGAGAACUCGGACGACAGGUUUAAGCUCCUGGAAAGCAAACUGGAGUCGACUCUCAAGUCCUCGUUGGAGAUCAAGGAAGAGAAGAUCGCCGCGCUAGAGGCCAGGCUGCAGGAGUCAUCCAACCUUAAUCAGCAACUUCGACAGGAGCUCAAAACAGUGAAGAAGAACUACGAGGCUCUGCGGCAGAGGGAGGAGGAGGAGAGGAUGGUGCAGAGCUCGCCCCCUAGAGGAGGGGAGGGCCCACAGGCGGUCAGUAAAUGGGAGAAGGAGAGUCGGGAGGCCACCAGGGAGCUGCUGAAGGUUAAGGACAGACUCAUCGAGGUGGAGAGGAACAAUGCCACGCUGCAGGCAGAGAAGGUGGCGCUGCGGAGCCAGCUCAAACAACUGGAGGCGCAGAGCUCCAACCUGCAGGCUCAGAUUGUGGCCGUGCAGAGGCAGACAGCCUCCUUGCAGGAGAACAACACCUCUCUGCAGACGCAGAACGCCAAGCUGCAGGUGGAGAACUCCACCCUGAGCUCACAGGGCGCCGCCCUCAUGGCCCAGAAUGCUCAGCUGCAGAGCCAGCAGAGCAGCGUGGAAGGCGAGCGCGAGAGCGCACUAAGGGAGAAGGAAGAGCUCCGGUCCACCUACGAGCUCCUCCUCCGCGACCACGAGAAGCUGGCGGCACUCCACGAUAGGCAGGCGACCGAGUAUGAGGCCCUCAUCGGGAAGCAUGGCGGCCUGAAGAGCUCCCACAAGAGUCUGGAACAGCAGCACCGAGACCUGGAGGACAAGUACAAGCAGCUCCUACAGAGGAAAGGAGAUUUGGAAGAUCUGGAGAAGAAUCUGAAGGAGCAGCAAGAUAAAAUUACCCUGGAGAACCAGAACCACCGAGCCACAGCCGACCAGUGCAAACUGCUCAAAGAGGAAAACGACAGACUGAACACAACCUACCGCCAGCUGCUGAAGGACAACGAGAGCCUCCAGGUGGAUCACAAGAACAUCAAGAGUCAGCUGAACAGUGCCAAGCUGGAGCAGACCAGGCUGGAGGCGGAGUUCUCCAAGCUGAAGGAGCAGUACCAGCAGCUGGACAUCACCUCCACCAAGCUGACCAACAAGUGUGAGCUGUUGAACCAGCUGAAGGGCAACCUGGAGGAGGAGAACCGUCACCUGCUGGACCAGAUCCAGACCCUGAUGCUUCAGAACCGCACCCUGCUGGAGCAGACCAUGGAGAGCAAAGACCUGUUCCACGUGGAGCAGAGACAGUACAUCGACAAGCUGAACGAGCUGAGGAGGCAGAAGGAGAAACUGGAGGAGAAGAUCAUGGACCAGUACAAGUUCUAUGACCCCUCGCCUCCACGCAGGCGGGGCAACUGGAUCACUCUGAAGAUGAAGAAGCUAAUCAAGCCCAAAAGCCGGGAGAGGAUGCGCUCCCUCACGCUGACGCCGUCACGUUCCGAAUGCGGCGACGGUUUCCUGUCUUUUCCCCCGGACAGCCAGGACAGCUCGUCCAUGGGCUCCGGUUCCAACUCGCUAGACGACACUCUCACGCAAAAGAGGAGCAGCAGGAGGAAAGGGCAAGGCUCAACCAAUGCUUUAAAAAGGUUGCCUUUCAUGAGGAACAGAUCCAAGGACAAGGACAAGGCCAAGGCCAUCUACCGGCGCUCCAUGUCCAUGAACGACCUGCUGCAGACCAUGGCGGUGGCUAGCGGCCCUGGCGCCGACUGGGCCGGCAGCACCGACAUCCUAGAUGGCGCCGAAACGGGAGACGUGGGUCGGCGCGGCGGCCAGCGCAUGAAGGAGCUCGCCUUUUCCACCAAUGCCAUCGACUGUGCGGCGCUCACGCUGCCCUCUGCUGGACACAGGAGGGCCAAGCACAGGCUCCAGGUCAAAGAUAACGCCUCCUGUGAAGAUGUAGCAGCCUCCUCAGACGACCCAAAGAGUCAAGCCUCCAGACCCUCCAGUUUCCAUAGCAACAGGACCACCAGUAGUAAUAGUAACAAUAACUCCCAGCUCACCUCUCCCCUGGAGGGCAAAGGCACGUUGAACGGCAGCCUGAGUCGUCCUCACAGCGAGAGCAGCGGCGAGUUCAGCCUAAGUUUGGACCAGGAGGCGUGGUCAAGCAGCGGCAGCAGUCCAGUCCAGCAGCCUUCGUCCUCGCGCUCGUCCCACCAGAGCCCUGUGCCCACCCGAUGCUCCUUGGAGCCGCCGGGCAACGCCACGGGAAGCACCGCCCCGCUUCAGAUCAAGAAGACGGCUUCGCCGGGCAGCGAGGUGCUUUCUCUGCAGCAGUUCCUCGACGAGGGCAUCGACCCCGCAGAGUCGGGCAGCCAGGAGAACCUGACCGUGGACUCUCCUCGCCUCUCCACUUCGUCUGACCGCACCCCCAAAGAGCGCCCCGCCACCAGAGGGCGCGGCAUCCUACGCUCCUCCAGCGGGAAAGCGGCGCCGGUCAGCGCCGAUCGCCCGCCCAGGUCCUCGGGGCAACCGGGGCGCCCGACCCUGCGCAAGGCGGAGAGCACCCGCGUGAGGGGCUCGGCCCGGCCCAGCCUGUCCUCGCAGGGCAAGGCCACGUCGGUGUCGGAGCGCCUGGACUCGGCCUCGUCCACGCUGCCCCGCGCCAGCAGCGUCAUCUCCACGGCGGAGGGCAGCUCGCGGCGCACCAGCAUCCACGACAUGCUGUCUAAGGACAGCCGCCAGCCCGUGUCCGUCGACGCGUCACCUCCUGCCGGCGCCGCCAAACCCGGGCUCCGUGCCCAUCACGCACCCAAUGUGGAGGGCAGAAAGUCAAAAAGCAGGAGUGGCGAGCCGCCAAGCUGCUAAGCCCCGCCCACGUCUUCCCUCUGAUGGGGGCGCGUGCCAGCGAGGCGGCCUUGGAGUGUCGGAAGCCGAGUAGACAGCGGCGCCCGCAGGGAGGAGAGAGAAAAAAAAGAUUGUAAAAUCCUGCGUGUUUAUUUCUCCUCGCGCCUGAGUAGAGAACGUUUGCCUCCGUCUCUCUUUGUUUUGUUUUUUCUACCUUGAAUCAAGGAAACAGACAAAGAUGCAGCAGUUAUUUCCCCGUUCCCCUUUUUUUGUUUGUCUGUUUGUUUGUGGCAGACUGCACUGCCAUGUGUCCUUCAGCGUGAUGGACUGUGACGAUACACUACACUUUGUGAAAAAGGAAAGACAAUUUAAGUGCCAAUGUUCAAGUCACAGCCAAAAAAAAAAAGAGGAGAAAAGGGAGAUUGUGUUUGAGCAGCACACUUGAGUGAUGGCAUGGUUCAAGUCUCACAUGCUUCCAACUGGAGAACGACAAUGUGCAUGGAGCAAUCAGUGGACCAAUCAGCACGCUUCGUCUGGAGUCAAAAUGACUGCAUAAGCCAUGACAGUUGUGUGUGUGUGUGUGUGUGUGUGUGUGUGUGUGUACGUGUGUCUCAUCUUAACUUGCGUAACAAUAGGAUCUAUUAAGUCAGUUCUCUGUCAUCUUACUCUCACACACAUUAAUCAGAAAAGCACACACACACUCUUUCUCUCAGUAAGCCAACUUUCAAGAGUGUCUAGCUGACCUUUGACCUGCAGAGCAUUAUUGUUGCCGUGACGACAAACACAAUGGCGCUGACGAGUUUUCCUCUUUUUCCACUUUUGCAUAAAUCCAUUUGAUGUCAUUAAAAUUCAUCAAGAGCAA